AGCACUGAAACACAACACAAGGAUUGUGUGAAUGAAUGCAUUGAAAGCCAAAACACAGACAAAACUUAUUGUGUUUUUCGUAAUUAACUCUUGGAUUAAGUGUUGAUUUGCGGAUCAAAUGAGAUAAAGGAUAGCAUCGAUUGGUUGUGGAUUAGUGUUGUCGUGAAAUCGAUGGUAAAAGUGGGCGAAUGUCACACUUGAAUGCUUCCACAUCUGAGAGAUCGGUCGCCACUCCAGACGUGAGACAACAGUCAUUGCGAGACAAUAGACCCGAAGUCGCCGUCAGAUCCGCGCCAGUGAUCGACAAACGCAAGGCUCUCAACACCAGUAAUAGUAAUAUCAAUAAUAAUAGUAAUCAUAAUAAAUAUAUUUCCGCGAAAAGAGUUCGCAUUGAAUGCGAAGACAUUGAAACUGAUGUGAAAAUGAGUGAAAACACAAUCGCUGUUAACAAUCAAAACAAUCGCUUCUCAUUGUCUUCUAAUGGUGUCAACAAAAACACACAAUUGGCUAACAAUGCAAAGCCCGGCGCCGCCAAGAAACUGGUCAUCAAAAACUUUGAAAAGCCAAAAUUGCCUGAAAACUACUCAAUCCAGACAUGGGAUCGCCUGAAGGAGGCGGUGGUCGCCAUCCAAAUGUCAGAACCGGUGAGCACUUCGCUCGAAGAGCUCUAUCAGGCGGUCGGCAAUCUGUGUUUCCAUAAGAUGGCACCCGAUCUGUACAAACAAUUGGAGUCUUUGGUCGAAAUACACGUCAAGAAUUGUGUCCUUCAGUUCUUGAACGCAGAUAUGGAUCACUUGUCUUAUCUGAAACUAAUGAACAAUUGCUGGCAAUCGCACUGCAAUCAAAUGAUUAUGAUUCGGAGUAUAUUUCUAUAUCUGGACCGAACAUAUGUCCUCCAAACGGCACAAAUCCUCUCCAUUUGGGAUAUGGGACUCGAAAUGUUUCGCAAAAACAUCACAAAUGAUAGUAUAGUUCAGACGAGAACUGUUGACGGAUUGUUGAAAUUGAUUGAAAGCGAGAGAAACGGCGAAGGAGUGGACAGAGGACUCCUCAAGGGUUUGCUCCGAAUGCUCUCCGAUUUGUCGAUAUAUCGAAACGCGUUUGAAGUCCGGUUCUUGCAGUCGACGGAACAGCUUUACGCAGCGGAGGGCCAGAGGCUGAUGCAGUCGAUGGAAGUGCCCGACUAUUUGGCACACGUCGACAAACGAGUGAACGAAGAGUGGGAGCGUUUGCUUCAUUAUUUGGAUCACUCGACUCGCAAACCAUUGAUACAAACUGUUGAAAAACAGCUGAUUUCUGAACAUUUGCCAAACAUUUUGCAGAAAGGGUUGGAACAGUUGUUAGACACACACCGAACCGCAGACUUGUCUCUCAUGUAUAAUCUGAUGAGUCGCGUGAAGGAGGGUUUGGGAGAACUGUGUUCUCAUUUCAACCAAUAUAUUAAGAAAAAGGGAAAAGUAGUCGUUACGUGUCCUGAAAAAGACAAAACAAUGGUUCAGGAAUUGCUUGACUUUAAAGAUCAGAUGGAUUUAGUCGCCACUCAAUGCUUCUCCAGAAACGAGAAGUUCACGAACUCAUUGAAGGAGGCGUUCGAACAGUUCAUUAAUCAAAGGGCUAAUAAACCGGCGGAAAUGAUCGCCAAAUUUGUCGAUUCAAAGCUAAGGGCCGGUAAUAAAGAGGCCACUGAAGAGGAGUUAGAAAAACUUUUGGACAAAAUAAUGGUUUUGUUUCGGUUUAUUCACGGAAAGGAUGUGUUCGAAGCCUUCUAUAAGAAAGAUUUGGCGAAAAGACUUUUGGUGGGAAAGUCCGCUUCGGUCGACGCCGAGAAGUCAAUGCUCUCUAAGUUGAAGCAGGAAUGCGGGGCCGCCUUCACCUCCAAACUGGAGGGUAUGUUCAAAGACAUGGAACUCUCCAAAGAACUGAUGCUGAACUUCAAACAAUACCUGAAUAAUGUCAAACCCAACGGUGCCGUCGAAAUGAAUGUCAAUAUAUUAACAAUGGGUUAUUGGCCGACAUAUCAACCAAUGGAAGUCCAUAUGCCGUCAGAAAUGGUUGAAUACCAAGAGAUCUUUAAGAGGUUCUAUCUCUCCAAACACAGCGGACGCAAACUUCAGUGGCAGCCGAACUUAGGUCACUGUGUCCUCAAAGCUUGCUUUACUGGGGGUAAUAAAGAACUGCAAGUCUCGCUAUUCCAGGCAUUAGUUUUGGUAUUGUUUAACGAUAACAACGAAUUCUCGUUGGAAGACAUUAAACAGUCGACUGCUAUAGAGGACAGCGAAUUGCGGCGAACGUUACAGUCGUUAGCGUGCGGUAAGGCUCGGGUCCUGACAAAGAUUCCUAAGGGUCGGGACAUUCUGGACGACGACCGGUUCGCAUAUAAUUGUGAUUUCAAGAAUAAACUCUUCAGAAUUAAGAUCAAUCAAAUUCAACUCAAGGAAACGCAAGAGGAACAGGCGACCACUCAGGAGAGGGUCUUCCAGGACAGGCAGUAUCAGAUCGAUGCGGCCAUCGUUCGCAUCAUGAAGACCAGGAAGACUCUCACACAUAACAUACUGUUGUCUGAACUCUACGAUCAGCUCAAAUUCCCGGUCAAACCGGCGGAUCUGAAGAAAAGAAUCGAAAGUCUCAUCGAAAGAGAUUAUCUCGAAAGGGAUAAAGAGAACACAAAUCUGUAUCAUUACGUGGCAUAAGAAAUAUUGGAUUCAAUGUAUAAUUUGAUUAUUUAUGACAAACAGUAUAUAAAUAAUUUUAAAUCUUAUAGUUUUUGUGGAAAAAGUGAACGCAUUUUUGAAUUUCUUUUCCAUUAAUAAAUAUAUAAUUCAAUUCAUUUGUAUUUCUUUACUAUACAAUCAAC